AAGCAGUUUCGCUUGUCAGUUGUCAUUAUCAGCUGUCGCUUCAAAAUACCGACAUCGGGGUUAUUAUUUGAUCAACUUUCAUUAUAUUAGUUUUUGUCCAAAACAAGACAGAUAAUGGCUACCAAGGUUGCUGUGGUUACCGGUGGAAAUAAGGGAAUUGGAUUCGCUAUAGUCCGCGGACUGUGCAAACGUUUCGAUGGCGUAGUUUACCUUACUUCGCGAGAUAUCAACCGAGGUACGAACGCCGUUGCUGAACUCAACAAGGAAGGUUUAAACCCUAAAUAUCACCAGCUAGACACCACAGAUCCAAGGAGUAUUGAAGUUUUCCGCGAUUACAUCAAGGGAAAUUAUGGUGGAUUGGAUGUUUUAGUCAACAACGCCGCUAUAGCGUUUAAGAAUAAUGCUCCAGAACCUGUGGCUGUGCAGGCUGAACAAACGCUGGCCGUUAAUUACUUCGCAGUUUUAUCAACUUGCGAAUUAUUGUUUCCGAUUUUGAGAAACGGAGCCAGAGUUGUGAAUGUUUCGAGUUCGUGUGGUCAUUUGAGUAAUAUUCCGAGUGCAGACUUAAGAAAUCGCCUGAAAGAUCCUAGUUUGACUAUUAAUGAGCUUUCGGAUUUGAUGCGGCAGUAUAUAGAGGCAGCGAAGCAAAACACGCAUGCAUCGAAGUGGGGCAACUCCUCGUAUGUGGUCUCGAAAGUUGGAUUGACUGCAUUGUCUAUGAUCCAACAGAGAAUGCUCAAUGAUAAAGAUAUAAAAGUCAAUGCAGUGCAUCCUGGAUAUGUUGACACAGAUAUGACAUCUCAUAAAGGCAUACUCACAAUUGAUCAAGGGGCAGAUGCCCCACUAUUUCUGGCUCUGGAUGCCCCCGAUUCUGUGAAGGGGCAAUAUGUCUGGUCGGACAGGAGGAUUGUAAACUGGGAUGGGCCACACCCAUAAAAAUAAACUUUUAAACUUGUUGUUUCAUGGAAAUUGUUGAAGCUUUAUUCUUUGUAUUUUGUAUAAAUUAAGGAAAACUUUUUACAUAUUUUGCUAUUCAAUUUAAUAAAUCUGUUUUUAUAUUAUUC